AUGGCUGCCUUUCUUCGAAAAUACUACGAAGCCGACGUGUCGCGCUUCAGCAUUAGCAGGGCCUUGAGGAGGGAUAAAUGGUCCCAGAAAGCCACACAGAAUGUCGCCCAAGAGCGUAACCUAGACCUGCGAGACGAAUACAUGCACCAGAUCUCGCAGUACCGAUCCGACCAGUUGGUGUUUGUGGACGAAUCUGGCAUAGACAAGAGCAUCGGUAUACGCCGUCGAGGCUGGGCUCCUCGAGGGAAGCGACCACGUCAAAUCAAGCGAUUUCACCGCGGUCGGAGGUACCAGAUCCUACCGGCGUAUACUCAAGAUGGGGUGAUACACUUCCGGGUGUAUGAGGGAUCGACGGAUGCGAAAGUCUUCGAGAGUUUUAUCGAGAUACUCUUACUACACUGUGGUCGCUGGCCCGAGCCGCGGUCUGUUUUGAUUAUGGACAAUGCCCCCUUCCAUCACUCGGACCGCAUACGGGAGAUGUGCACGGCAGCGGGAGUGGUGCUGCUUUACUCAGCACCCUAUUCGCCAGACAUCAUUCCCAUUGAGCACUACUUCGGCGAGUUGAAGAACUUCAUCCGACAGGUCUGGAACGAACAUCAAGGAUUCAUUCGGGCUGAUUUCCAAUCGUUUCUGGAGGAAUGUGUGACGAUCGUCGGCCAGCGGAAGAAGAGUGCUAGAGGCCAUUUCCAUAACUGUUCGAUCUCCAUUGACGAGCCGCUAGACUAA